AUGCCUAUCAUUCCAAGAAACUCGCCAGGGUUGGCCUGGUCUACGAGAGACAAAGUCUAUCUUGCCAUCGUUGGCCCGUUGAUGCUUGCAGCUGUAUUCGAAUGGGUGCUUUGGCUUGGAGCUUUCCUCUACUGCCUGGUCAAGGUGUUUAUAAAAGCGGACCAUUGGACUAUAAGGGUUCUCGCCGUGGUGAUGAUGGUUUUGUUUUCGAUACUGCGCUUGGCCUUCCUUCCAGUCAUGCUUGUGACGCUCCCGUUGCCGCCACAGAUCACGAUUCACUUCCCUAGAGGAAUGACCCAUGGUUUCCAAAUAUUCGCAUUCUGGGCCUUCUCCGUGCUUCUGAUCUGUCCCUGGCUCUUCUGCGUUUAUGGACUAACCACAAACACCCUGGGGAGGAAAAAGAUGAUUAAACGCGUGCUAGAUGAUCGGACAGCCCCGAAGACUGUGAUUGUCAUGCCCGUGUACAAGGAGGAACCAAAUAUCUUGAUCAAAGCGAUCGACUCCGUAGUUGAUUGUGACUAUCCGGCGAAUUGUAUCCACGUCUUCCUGUCAUACGAUGGUGACAAUGUGGACGAGCCUUAUCUCUGUGUCCUCGACCAUCUCGGUGUCCAGGCAAGAUUGACGAGCUAUCCUCAAAGCAUCGAUUGCACUUAUAAAGGCGCCCGUAUUACUAUCUCUCGAUUCAAACACGGCGGGAAAAGACGUUGUCAGAAGCACACAUUCAAGCUGAUCGACAAGGUCUAUGCGGAGUACCUCAAGAGGCACGACGAUCUGUUUGUCCUCUUCAUCGACUCGGACUGUAUCCUGGAUCGUGUUUGUCUGCAAAAUUUCAUGUACGACAUGGAACUGAAACCAGGCAGCCAGCGCAAUAUGCUUGCAAUGACGGGCAUCAUUACUUCUACCACGGAAAGGAAUAGCUUGCUGACCAUCCUCCAAGACAUGGAAUAUGUCCAUGGUCAGCUUUUUGAACGAUCCGUUGAGUCUGGUUGUGGAGCUGUGACUUGCCUUCCUGGGGCUCUGACUAUAUUACGCUUCUCAGCCUUCCGAAGGAUGGCCAAGUAUUAUUUCUCGGACAAGGCUGAGCAAUGCGAGGAUCUUUUUGACUACGGAAAGUGUCAUCUCGGGGAAGACCGAUGGCUUACUCACCUGUUCAUGAUCGGUGCCCAGAGACGGUACCAGAUCCAGCUGUGUACGACCGCGUUCUGCAAGACCGAGGCCGUCCAAACAUUCAAGACACUUUUGAAGCAACGCCGAAGAUGGUUUUUAGGGUUUAUCACCAACGAGGUGUGCAUGAUCACCGACUACCGACUUUGGCUGCGCUAUCCCCUCCUGUGUAUAAUUCGCUUCCUGCAAAACACGAUCCGGACAACUGCACUGCUGUUUUUCAUCUUGGUAAUCGCACUGAUCACAACCUCGAAAAGGGUGGGGGAUCUUCCCGUCGGAUUCAUCGCAGUCUCCCUAGGCUUGAACUAUUUGCUCAUGCUAUACUUUGGCUUCCGUCUCAAACGUUACAAAGCAUGGCUUUACCCAAUUAUGUUCGUCCUAAACCCCUUCUUCAACUGGAUCUAUAUGGUCUAUGGGAUUUUCACAGCCGGCCAGCGCACUUGGGGAGGCCCACGUGCAGAUGCUGCCACUGCCGACGACCAUACCACGCCGGGCGAAGCAGUUGCAAAGGCAAUAGAGCAAGGUGAUGAGCUCAAUGUGGAUGUCGAUACCUUCCGCACGAAUCUGGUGCGCCGGGGAUCCGUUCCUGUUCGCCCAGCGGAGAAUGUCGAAGGGCGAUUUGCACCUGCUGAACAACUUCGUGAUGGGUUUUAUGUCAACACAGCCGGGCCUGCGCUCGCACGAAGGGCCACUAUGUUGGAGAAACCUCGUUACCAAUUGCCUCGGUUCCAACAUUCAGCUGAGUCUGUGCUCACUACAUCAUCCGAUUGCCAUUCUAGCCCGGUGGUCAUGCCACAAAACGUGGAAAACUUAGUCAUGAGUGAAGAAGACCAAAGGAAGCUCUAUUAUGCCCGCCAAGGGAGGGCAUCAACGGGCCAAAUGAACCACGAGGGCCAUCGCCAUGAUCCUGUCAACUCUCCUCUGGGCGGUCUCCCUCUGCAAUCUCCGGUUUCUGUUUCCGAUUCCGAUGAAGUCUUGGGAAUGACUCGCCCACCCCAAGCGCAUCGAAUUGGCCGUGAGAAAACAAUUCUUCCUGUCCACCCGGCAGAGUCAUCGGCUUCUCCUGAGGCGAUUGUCUAA